AGUUCAAACGCUGCCAGUGAAGAGCUCGAGCGAGCGACGGACGCACUGCAGUCUCGAGCCGCGUGGAAACACCGCACACCUCUUUUAUUUCACAACGCGAAGGACGCAAGCCCGAUUCAACGCUUUUUUUAGAUUUAUUAUCAUAUAUCGUUCUCAAACUGGUUUAUUCAUCCUGUACACACCAUGGCCAACAAAGAGGAGAAACCUGACGAGAAACAGUCGAGUUGGAAAGAUUUCAUCUACAACCCAAGGACGGGGGAAUUCAUCGGGCGCACUGCGAGCAGUUGGGGUCUUAUAUUACUCUUUUAUCUGGUCUUCUAUGGCUUCCUGGCUGGGAUGUUUAGUCUCACCAUGUGGGUGAUGCUACAGACGCUGGAGGAUCACACUCCCAGAUACAGGGACCGAGUGGCCAAUCCAGGGCUGAUGAUUAGGCCGAGGUCCUUGGAAAUUGGAUUUAACCGAUCCAUUCCCCAGCAAUACAACAAGUAUGUGCAGCACCUGGAGUCGUUCCUGCAGCAGUACAAUGACUCCCUGCAGGAUAGGAACGAGAUCUGUACCAAGGGGGACUACUUUGAGCAAGGUGAUGAUGUUGCUGUGGAGAAGAAGGCCUGCCAGUUCAAGAGAAGUUCUCUACGACAGUGCUCUGGACUGGCUGAUAGCACUUUUGGUUAUUCAGAGGGCCAGCCAUGCAUCCUAGUCAAGAUGAAUCGAGUGAUUGGGCUUAGGCCAAAAGGAGACCCACGUAUCAACUGCGCAGCCAAGGUGCAGAGAGAAACCCCCCUGCAGAUGCAGUAUUUCCCCCCCGAGGGCGUGCUGGACAAGAGCUACUACCCCUAUUACGGCAAGAAACUGCAUGCGAGCUAUGUCCAGCCCGUUGUAGCCGUGAAGCUUCUGCUGGCUGAGGAAGACUACAACUCUGAGCUCGUCAUCGAGUGCAAGGUGGAGGGAUCCGACCUGAUCAACAACGACGAGCGCGACAAGUUCAUGGGCCGGGUCACCUUCCGGAUCAACGUGUCCAAGUAGCCUGGGCCAACCCCGGAGACGCACGAUGUCAGUUCCUCUCACUCAAACCCCGUCCCUUCUCAUGUUUAUCACGCACACCUCGUCCCCUAUGUGGCGUCCUGCGAGUUCAAAUCAGGGUCGUAGUACGAAUGCUCGUCUAGGGUCCGGUUUGAAACCCGUCCUGGAUCACAGUGUAGUUCAAUGCAUGCAGACCUUCACUGGCCCUGCGUCACGGAUGGGUCAGGGUUGGGAGAGUGUGUAUGUGUGAUGUUAUUUAAGGUUUUAGGACUUAAUUCUCAUCAGAACCACCCUUUUAUUCAAAAACACCCCACUGGAAAUGAAAUGCAAAGGUAAAAAAAACAAAAAAAACAUUGAUUCUCCUCCGACGCCUCCCCGUAAGAGAGAACGUAGUGUCAUCGUGUAGUAAGUUUAGGGACCUGUAAAUAGAUGCAUCAACACAUGCUGUGCUCCCCUCAUAGUACUGUUUAGCCUGCCAUGUGUGUGUGUGUGUGAUGUGAAGCCUCUAUGUACAUAUUUAAUGGAUUUUAAACACUGUUUCCUCCGUCAUCGCUCUCACUUUGUCUGACUGCUGUAAGAAAUCAAGAGUAUGAAAUUAUAUAAUAGCUGUAAUUUAAGAUUAUUGAGAAAUUUAAAAAAAAUUAAGGAGGGGGGGAGGGGGAAGGGAAGACACCAAAAAAACAACAACAUCUAUAUCAAACCUUGUUUGAAACCCCGUCCACCAUCUGAGGGAAGUGAUUUUUUUUUUAAACCUCUGCAGAAACUGUUCUUUGUGCAGACGCCUUACGAUCUGUAUGAAUUUAAAAAUCUUGAAAUAAAAGUGAUUUUAAACAAAGGUU